AUGGCUAAACCACCUCAUUGUUCCUUCCCGACCAUAGAUAAAUGUGUGUCGACCGGGAGGGAGAACCACACUGUAGUCGCUGACAUGGAUGGGACUUUACUCCGGGGUCGGAGCUCAUUCCCUUACUUUGCGCUCGUGGCUUUUGAGGUUGGGGGAGUCCUGAGGCUCCUGCUCCUGCUGCUUGCCUCGCCGAUCGCCGGAUUCCUGUAUCACUUCAUAUCUGAAUCCGCUGGAAUUCAGGUGCUCAUAUUCGCCACCUUUGCAGGGAUGAAGGUCUCUGACAUAGAGUCGGUGGCCCGAGCCGUGCUCCCCAAGUUCUACUCUGGAGAUCUCCACCCGAAGUCAUGGCGGGUGUUCUCUGCCUGCGGGAAGCGGUGCGUUCUGACUGCAAACCCAAGGAUUAUGGUGGAAGCGUUCUUGAAGGACUUUCUUGGGGCUGAUUUGGUUAUCGGAACGGAGAUAGGUGUCUACAAAGGGAGAGCAACGGGCCUAGUUAAAGGUCCCGGAGUGCUUGUGGGGAAGGAGAAAGCUAAUGCUCUUCGGAAAUCUUUCGGUGAUGACAAACCCGAGAUUGGUCUUGGCGAUCGGAGCACAGAUGUCCCCUUCAUGGAACUCUGCAAGGAAGGAUUCAUCGUGACAGCAAGUCCCGAGGUUAAGGCCGUAGCAAAUGAUAAGUUGCCGAAGCCCAUAAUAUUCCAUGACGGACGGCUAGUUCAGAAGCCGACUCCCCUCAUUGCACUUCUCACCAUUAUUUGGAUCCCCAUAGGCUUCCUACUCGCCUGCCUCCGAGUCGCUGCAGGCGCCCUCCUCCCAAUGCCCCUUGUGUACUACGCCUUCUGGGCACUUGGGGUUCGUGUCACUGUCAAGGGCAACCCUCCUCCACCAGUGAAAAAAUCGAGUAACCGGUCCGGAGUCCUGUUCAUUUGCUCUCAUAGGACCCUCCUUGACCCGAUAUUCCUCUCCACAGCACUUGGCCGACCGAUCCCAGCAGUCACCUACUCCGUCUCCAGGUUCUCUGAGGUCAUAUCCCCAAUCAAGACCGUGAGGCUGAGUCGAGACCGGGCCACUGAUGCGUCCAUGAUCAAGAAGCUCCUGGAGGAAGGUGACCUUGCCAUAUGCCCCGAGGGGACCACUUGUCGGGAGCCAUUCCUCCUAAGGUUCUCAGCCUUGUUUGCCGAACUGACUGACCAGUUGGUGCCGGUGGCUAUGGUGAACCGCAUGAGCAUGUUCCAUGGAACGACAGCCCGAGGGUGGAAGGGGAUGGACCCGUUUUACUUUUUCAUGAACCCGAGCCCUGCCUAUGAGGUGACUUUCCUGAACAAGUUGCCCCUAGAGCUAACUUGCAGCUCCGGCAAAACUAGCCAUGAGGUUGCGAACUAUAUACAGCGAACAAUUGCAGCAACUCUGUCCUAUGAGUGCACCAGCUUUACCAGGAAGGAUAAAUACCGAGCUCUCGCCGGAAAUGAUGGGACUGUUGCUGAAAAACCAACGCUCAAGGCAAACAAAGUGAUGGGGUGCUAA